GGUGGGCAGGGUCAUUCAAGGAAAAAAAGAAUAGAAUGUGCAGCGGUGCAGAGGAUUAUAAAUGCGGGUCUCUUGGAAAUGGAUGGUUUGGAAGAAUCUGGGGGGUGACAGACGGAUGACGAACGUCCGAAAUGCAAUAGUAAGUGACAUUAGUUAAAACGGAACUCUCGGCGUGCUGUCUGUCGGGAGGAAACACUACCCUCCGCAAACUGAAACUCAACGUGAGGCACGCACCACGCACAAAGGCAGGAGACUUGGGGACGCUCGCUUUGAUUUCGGGCGCCCGCGCCAGCUCAGGCAGAGAUUGGUGGCGCUGCGGAAGUCGGGCAUACGUCACUUCCGGCUGCGGCCGGCGGCGACCUUCCGCUCGCGCUAUGACCGCCAGCGCGGAGCCGCAGAGGCGACGGCCCGGAGUCGGAGUUGGAGUCGUGGUGACCAGCUCCCGCCAUCCCGGUUGUGUCCUCCUGGGGAAGAGAAAAGGGACUUUUGGAGCAGGCAGUUUCCAACUUCCCGGGGGCCAUCUGGAGUUCGGUGAGAGUUGGGAAGAAUGUGCUCAAAGAGAAACCUGGGAAGAAGCAGCUCUUCAUCUGAAAAAUGUUCGCUUUGCCUCGGUUGUGAAUUCUUUCAUUGAGAAAGAGAAUUACCAUUAUGUCACUAUAUUAAUGAAAGGAGAGGUAGACAUGACUCAUGAUCCAGAACCAAAGAAUGUAGAGCCUGACAAAAAUGAAAGUUGGGAGUGGGUUCCUUGGGAAGAAUUUCCUCCAUUAGACCAGCUUUUCUGGGCACUGCGUUGUUUAAAGGAACAAGGCUAUGAUCCAUUUAAAGAAGAUUUGAGCCAUCUAGUAGGAUACAAAGGAAAUCAUCUCUAGAGAUAGGUUCUUGCUUUGUCACCCAGACUGGAGUGCAGUG